UCCCUUUACAAACAAAACAAAGCACUUACACAAAAAUCUUAGCUCAAAUUUCAUUCACUUUCGAUCGAACCAUCACAAACCUCAAAAAGGAGAAUUGAUUCUUCCAAAGUGUUCUUAAUUCUCUUUCCCAUAUACAUAUCAUUAUAUAUAUAUAUAUAUAUAUAUAUAUAUAUAUACAUGUAGUUCUCCAUAGCUGCAAUCGGUUUGAGCAAGAUGGCCAAUCCAAAUAAUGUUGAGCUGGAGGCAGCAAAGUUUCUGCAUAAGCUUAUUCAAGAGUCUAAAGAUGAGCCGACAAAAUUGGCUACAAAGCUUUAUGUGAUUUUACAACAUAUGAGAUCCAGCGGGAAGGAGAACUCAAUGCCCUAUCAAGUAAUAUCAAGGGCCAUGGAGACUGUUGUCAAGCAACAUGGUCUUGACAUCGAGGCUUUAAUGUCCUCGCGUCUUCCUAUGUCUGCGGGAGCACAAGUAGGAGAAGCUGCCUCAUCACAAGUAGCUGGAUCUUCACAGAGGGCUGGGGUCUCUAGAGACUCUAAAGAAAAUUUGCUGGGAAAUGAGAUGGUUAAACCAGAUGCAUAUGCUUCAAGCAGUGCAGUUAGCGGUCCAAGCGGCACUGGACAUGGUAUUUAUCAAGCAUCUGGACCCCACAUAAGUGGUACAGGUGUCAAAGUUCCUGUAAUGGCGCCUUCUGCUUCUAAUUCCUCUCAGCCAGUAGAACCAGGAAUUUCAAGUUCAAUGCAGUUUGGAAGUCCUUCAAUUGAUAAUCAUGGUUAUGCAUCAAAAUUGCUCAAAGAUGGAAGCACAGAACCUUUCUCUGGGUCUACCUCGGUUGAUCUUGUUGCUGGCAGAACUGCAGCAGGAAGAACACUAGAGCAUGAAGGAGGAUCUAGUAUGUUAGGAAAUGCAAGCAAGAUCAAUCAGGGGGGCAUGCCUAACAAUGUCCCAGAGAAGAGUAUACUUGGAAGUGAAACAAUGAGAGAUGCAGGGAAGUUUCCUGUUGCGGCUCAGGCUCCAGUAUCGGCCAUGCCUUUCAAAGAACAUCAUUUGAAACAGCUUAGAGCACAAUGUCUUGUGUUUUUGGCUUUUAGGAAUGGUUUAAUGCCAAAGAAGCUUCAUCUUGAAAUUGCACUUGGAAACUUCUAUCCUAAAGAAGAUCGCAGAGAAUUGGUUGACCAUAAAGGAAGGGAGCAACUGAGUACCGACCAAGGCAGUGCAUCUGAAGUCACACGAACAUUUGGAGGAGCUGGCGAAACUGACAGGCUUUCUUCUGGCCCUACGCCUUCUGGAAUUCUUGCUGAUACAAAUAAGUUAAUGGAGGCUCAGAAUGCUAACUUGAUGGAAGAUAAAAGUGGUCAGCUUGAUCCUUGUGAGCAUGCCGACGAAAGGAGGUCUCAAAGAAAGAUCAGAAUGAUUCAGGAUGCUGAAGUGCCCAUCCAGGAUGCUAAAGAAUCACAGGCAUCUGCUCUUAGAGGAGUUCCGACUGAUUCGAAAUCCUUACCUCCCUAUAAUCAUGAGCAUGCUCCUGCAAACACUGGACAACUUGGAAUGUUUCCCCAAGCUUCCUCCGUUAUGGGCACAAGCAAGCAAUUGAAGCCUGAUCUGAGUGGUUGGAGUGGAGCUGAGGCUUCAAAGGUAUCACCACCUGCCUCUGCCAAUACCCAUGAAUCUGGUCCGCUAAUGAAAGAUAAUCAUGCUGGUCAAUUUCAAAAUCUUGCUGAUAGCAAUGCUCAAGGAAAUCGACAUGCUAAUAGUAACUUGCCUAGUUUACCCUUGAGGCAACAGUGGAAAUCUGUUCCUGGAGUAAUUAAUCAGAGUCCUGCAACAAUGCAAGUGAAGGAUUCAAAUAUACUGCUGAAAAAUCUGUCACAAGUGCAAGAAACAGAUCUAGAAGAUGAAAAUAUUUCAGCACCCACAGAUAGGUUACCAUCUCCAAGGCAUACAAUGAUGGAGAAAUGGAUUUUGGAUCGACAAAAAAGGAAACUUAUUAGUGAACAGAAUUGGUCGGAAAAACAGCAAAAAACGGAAGAAAGAAUUGCUGCUUGUGCAGAGAAGUUGAAGGAAUCUGUGAGCUCCUCUGAGGAUAUCUCUGCAAAAACAAAAAGUGUCAUUGAGCUGAAAAAACUUCAAUUGCUGGAGCUGCAGCGUCGUCUACGGAGUGUAAUUCUCACUGAUUUUUUCAAGCCAAUAGCAACUGACAUGGAGCGGUUAAAAUCAAUCAAGAAGCACAGAAUUGGGAGGAAAUCAAAGCAACUUGAAAGAUAUGAACAAAAAAUGAAGGAAGAGCGUCAAAAGAGAAUUCGUGAGAGACAGAAGGAGUUUUUCAGUGAGAUUGAAGUUCAUAGGGAAAGAUUGGAAGAUGUAUUCAAAAUGAAGAGAGAACGUUGGAAAGGUUUCAAUAAGUAUGUGAAAGAGUUCCAUAAAAGGAAGGAACGGAUACAUCGUGAGAAGAUUGACAGGAUCCAGCGUGAGAAGAUUAAUUUACUGAAAAUCAAUGAUGUUGAGGGAUACCUUAGAAUGGUUCAGGACGCAAAGUCAGAUCGUGUUAACAAACUACUAAAAGAGACGGAAAAGUACCUCCAAAAGCUUGGAUCCAAAUUAAAGGAGGCUAAGUCAAUUGCAAGAAAAUUUGAGACCGACAUGAGUGACAAUAGAAACUCAGGUGCGGUUGAGGAGGAUGAAGUUGACUUUGGUGAUGAGGAUGAAACAGACCAGGCUAAGCAUUACUUGGAAAGCAAUGAAAAAUACUAUACGAUGGCACACAGUAUAAAGGAGACCGUCGCAGAGCAACCUCGUUCUCUCAAAGGUGGAAAACUACGGGAGUACCAAAUGAAUGGAUUGCGAUGGUUGGUUUCACUCUACAAUAACCAUUUGAAUGGAAUUUUAGCUGAUGAAAUGGGACUCGGUAAAACUGUUCAGGUUAUAUCCCUAAUGUGUUACCUGAUGGAAACCAAAAAUGACAGAGGACCUUUUCUGGUGGUAGUGCCAUCCUCUGUCCUACCUGGAUGGGAGUCCGAGAUAAAUUUUUGGGCACCAGAUAUGCUCAAAAUAGUUUAUUCUGGACCACCAGAAGAGCGGAGGAAGCUUUUCAAGGAAAGAAUUGUUCAUCAAAAGUUCAAUGUUCUUUUGACGACAUAUGAGUAUUUGAUGAACAAACAUGACAGACCAAAACUAAGUAAAGUUCCUUGGCACUAUAUCAUAAUUGAUGAAGGGCAUCGCAUAAAAAAUGCUUCUUGCAAGUUGAAUGCUGAUCUGAAGCACUAUCGCAGUAAUCAUAGGUUGCUGUUGACGGGAACUCCUCUUCAGAACAAUCUUGAGGAACUCUGGGCACUACUUAACUUCCUUUUGCCAAAUAUCUUCAAUUCAUCGGAAGACUUCUCACAAUGGUUUAACAAACCAUUUGAGAGUGGUGACAACUCACCUGAUGAAGCUUUGCUCUCAGAGGAGGAAAAUCUUUUGAUCAUAAACCGUCUGCACCAAGUUCUGCGUCCGUUUGUACUUAGGAGAUUGAAACACAAGGUUGAGAAUCAAUUGCCUGAAAAGAUUGAAAGACUUGUUAGAUGUGAAGCUUCUUCAUAUCAAAAGCUUUUGAUGAAGCGAGUGGAAGACAACCUUGGUGCAUUCGGAAAUAUAAAGGCUCGCUCAGUCCACAAUUCUGUAAUGGAGCUACGCAACAUUUGCAAUCAUCCGUAUCUUAGCCAGCUUCAUGUGGAGGAGGUUCAUGAGUUAAUUCCUAAGCAUUAUCUGCCGACUGUUGUGAGACUUUGUGGGAAGCUUGAGAUGUUAGACAGACUACUGCCCAAACUUAAGGCAACAGAUCAUCGGGUCUUGCUUUUUUCAACAAUGACCAGGCUGCUUGAUGUAAUGGAGGAUUAUCUCUGCUGGAAGCAAUAUAAGUACCUUCGCUUGGAUGGACAUACGUCUGGGGGAGACAGAGGCCCCCUUAUUGAUAAAUUCAAUCAGCCUGACUCUCCCUUCUUUAUAUUUCUGUUGAGUAUUCGUGCUGGGGGUGUUGGAGUAAAUCUUCAAGCUGCUGAUACAGUUAUAAUUUUUGACACGGAUUGGAAUCCCCAGGUUGAUCUCCAAGCACAGGCAAGGGCUCAUAGGAUAGGUCAAAAGAAAGAUGUUCUUGUUCUUCGAUUAGAAACGGUCCAAACUGUUGAGGAACAAGUUAGAGCUGCUGCUGAGCACAAACUUGGAGUUGCUAACCAAAGCAUUACUGCUGGAUUCUUUGAUAACAACACGAGUGCGGAAGACCGAAGGGAGUACUUGGAGUCCCUCUUGCGUGAAAGCAAAAAAGAGGAAGCUGCACCUGUUCUUGAUGAUGAUUCUUUGAAUGAUCUUAUAGCGCGAAGUGAGCCAGAGAUUGAAAUAUUUGAAUCUGUUGAUAGGAGAAGGCGUGAAGAAGAGAUGGAAAUCUGGAAGAAGUUAUGUUCAGAAAGUGGAACACAAAGUUCAGAGCUCAUUCCUCCUUUGCCCUCUCGGCUUCUUACUGAUGAAGACUUGAAACCAUUCUAUGAAGCAAUGAAAAUAUCUGAUAAGCCAGUUGUGGUUCCUAACCCUGGGUUAAAACGGAAGGGUGGGAGUCUUGGGGGUCUUGAUAUCCAACAUUAUGGACGUGGAAAAAGAGCAAGAGAGGUUCGCUCAUAUGAAGAGCAAUGGACGGAAGAAGAAUUUGAGAAAAUGUGCCUUUCUGAGUCUCCUCAAUCACCUAAUCUAAGGGAAGAAAUUCAGGAAAAGAAUUUUGCUCCAUUCUCUGGCACUUGUCCUGCCCAUGUUGUUGCCAUUAGUGAAAUACAAACACCAGCACCGUAUCAACCUCCUCCCCACCAGCCUGUGCAGGAACUUCCUCAACAGCCUGUGCAAGAACUUCCCCAACAACUUGUUGGGCCCAUAGUUCAACAAAGCCCUGUGACUGUGACACCGCCAUCUAAACGGGGCCGGGGAAGGCCAAGGAGGACAGCGAUAGUGACUGAAAUCUCACCAUCCCCUGUCGUUAUUUCAGCAAUUGGAGCUGGUGUAAAGGUGGAUAGCAAUACCAUUGCAGAAAAUACUUCUACCAGUCAGGCAACUUCUGUGCCUGUUUCUGUGUCCAUUCCUUGUGCUUCUUCCGUAGAAAGUACCAGCGCAACCAUCCUACAGAAUGUUACUGGUGUUGCUCCUGGCUAUCAGUCAAUUGUUACUUCUGUUGCUUCUCAGUCUAGUCCUCCUUGCCCUCCUACAAGUGGGCAGGGUAGGGGACGAGGUAGAGGGCGAGGUCGAGGUCGAGGUCGAAAGCCUCAAACUGGAGGAGAAGCUCCAGGGCGUAGAGGGAAACGACAGAACGUUACAGCAGAGGCUUUUCCCACCCCUCCAACUCAAGCAAUAAGUGAGCCUGUCUCUGCAGCACAAGGUGUGAAUGUUAUGAAUUCUUCUAGUCACCAUGUGCCCCUAAUGCCUCCUGCAAUGGGUAAGCCUGAUCUGGUGCAGCAGGUAGUGGCAGGUCUGGAUUCUAAAAACCUUGGUCAUGCUCCUGCUUCCAUGAGUUCUGUUGUGCCCCUUGCAUCAUCUUCCACGAGCAAAGAAUUAAGCCCUGUUUUGACUAUUCCUGUUAUUCCAUCAUCUUGCGCCAGCCAGGACCCUUGUGCAAUUUCACCUGCACUUGUCCUUCAAUCAUCCUCAAGAAACCAUUCUGAAGACCAUCUUUCCCUCUCUACUGCCCAGACUGAAGCUACUCUGCAGGCAAACACAAUUUCAAUAGUGCCUCAUAGUUCACCUUCAGCUGGCAAGGAACCAAGUUCUGUGUCACCUGCCCCUCUUCAUUCAUCAAAUUCCAAGGACUCCAAUUCAGUUUUACCUGCUCCUGUUCCUGCAUCAUCUUCGGCUUGCGUGGAACCAAGUUCAGUUUGCCCUGUUCCUGCUGUUGCAUCCUCCUCUUCCAGCAUAGGUCCAAAUUCGUCUGCACUUGCUCCUCUUCUUUUAGCAUCUAAUGCAACAGGCAAAUUAGAUUCUGGGUCAGAUAGGGGGACAUUUUCUUGCUCUUCUGCUAUUUCAGGUCAUGAUUCUGUAUGUGAUUCUUCUAACUUGAAGAACAUUGUUCAGCCUGAAUCUGGUGUAGUAACUGCUCAUACUUCUGAUCCAGUGCCUGCGAUUUCGUCAGUUCCACAGUACAGCACUCCUCCCACUGCACCUAAGCCAGGUAGAGGUCGAGGACGCAAGCCUCAAACUGGAAGUGAGGCAUCACGACGCAGGGGGAAGAGACAGGAUUUGGUUACUGCAGCUGUUAUUGAGGGGUUAGGUGCUCAGGAUCCAAGUUUAACUGAACCCCCACAAAAGAGAACCAGGUUAGCCGUUGGGAGGAAGCCCACUACAAGAAGCAAGCGUGAGAAUGAAACUCAACAAGUAGUAGACCAGUCGGUUGCAUCUCAAAAGACUCCAGAUUUUGCUGGUGGACAAAUCCCUAAAGAUAUGGUUUUUAGUGAAAUUAAUCCACAGAACAAUGCUAUCAACAGAGAUGUGUCUCAAUCCGAUGCUAUUCUGGUUCCUGGUCAGGUGGGUGAUAAUGUAAACAGUGACAUUGCUACUGCUGAAGAGGUUCUCGAUGAUGCUCAGCAGAAGGCAACUGCAGUCCAAUCUGUUGCAUCUCAAAGUUGCCCUGGUCCUCAUGUUGAGCCACAGAUUAACACGGUCAACUCUGAGGAUUCUCCUGCCCAGGAAGUGCAGGAACAAACAGCUAUUGUCCAGUCAGAUGCAUCUCAAAAGAUUGUAGAUCCUGGUCAGCGGAAGGCGACUGUGGUCCAAUCUGUUGCAUCUCAAAGUUGCUCUGAUCCUCAUGUUGAGCCACAGAUUAACACGGUCAUCUCUGAGGAUUCUCCUGCCCAGGAAGUGCAGGAACAAACAGCUAUUGUCCAGUCAGAUGCAUAUCAAAAGAUCAUAGAUCCUGUCGCAGGACAAAUCCCUCAAGCUAUGGCGUGUUGUGAAGUUGAGCUACAUAGCAAUGCUAUCAAAUCUGUCGCAUCAAAAUCCAGUGGUGAUGUUGCUAGCUGUGAAGCUGCUACAACAAAGGAAGUUCUCAGUGAGGAUCAACAAACAAUGAAGGUUCAGUCAGCUGCAUCUCAGACGCCUUCAGUUCACUCUGUUGGGAAAAUGCCUGAAGAUAUAGUGAGUAAUGAAGUGCAGCCACAGUGUGAUGCUAUCCGAACAGAUGCAUCUCAAUCCCAUAUUACUCAUGCCUCUUCAGGAUCAAUGGCUCCGGUUAGUGAUUGUCUGGUGGAAAAGAGUGAGGGUGAUUCUAAGGUUGAAGAUGUUGAAAAGACUGAAAUUAAUUCUGAAGAUGGGUCAAACAUGGAAGUUCCUGUUGGAGCGUUGGAGCUUACAUCAUCUGGCAGUCUGAACAAGAGUGGAGACGCAGAAGGGCAAUCUAGCAGCGCUUUGAAUGGGGUCCUUCCAACAAAUUCUGAGGCUAUCUCAUCCGCUGCUCUAGCUAAUUCCUGUCCAAGCGUAAACGCAGAGGUAUAUCUGGGUUCAGAAGGCUCCGGGAAAGUAGGUUGUAAUUUGGGAUCAACUCAAAGCCUGUCUGAGAGUGUGGCUGCAAAAACUGAUGUUGAACAGUUACAGACUGAGGAUCUUUCUCUGGAUAAAUCAUGUGUUUUUAAAACUGAGGCAGCCAGCAUUGAGCAUCUUGCUGGUGGCAGACUCAGAAAAGAACAAGAAACAGGAGACACCGUGGAGGAGGAGACUGUUGUUUCACCUGCUGUGGGUACUGACAAUCAGAAUGUGAAGGGAAUCACAUCCUUUGCUUCUCCAUCUACCGAGGCAGAAGCUUUAGUGGAUGAAUCUUCACUAUGCGGAUCUUAUAAACCAGCUAAGGACAAACCAGAAGUAGCAGCAGAAGGAACACAUUCUGAUAAAGUUGCAGUGGCCGAGGUUUGUGAACAAGAUAAGUUAUCAAUUAACAAGCCAUUGGAGAUAACUAAAGAUUUAAGUAGGGUGGAGAAGGAAAAAUAUUUGAUUCCAGAAACUUUUGAGAAGCAAGUUAAUGUUGCUGACUCCCUAGCAGAAAAAUGUGGAGGUGAUCUUGCAGCAGAGCGUCCAGAUAUGAAAGAUUCUGAUGUAAGUGAGGUUGCACCAAGCCCUAGAAAUGAGUCCCAAUCCAGUUUCACUGUUGGAACAUCCCAAAGUGAACCUGAACAGCAAGCAAUUGCUGAAGCAAACUUGGACACAGGUAUUUCCAACACUUUUCCCAGCACAGAAUCUGGUGCUCGGAAGGAAUCCCUUUCACCUAGGCUUGCUUCAAAUGCUGAAGCUGUUGAAGCUCUAACAGAAACAUUUUCCAGCCGUCAUGACACAAAUUGUGUAGCUGAAUUACAGGGCAACUUGAGUUUGGAUGUAAAGGAUGAUCUUGCUAAUUCUGAAGCUAAUGUGUCUCAACUGUGUCCAGCUGCUGGGUCAUCUGAGAAUCUCCCAGAAAUAAAACAGGUUGAGGUGGAAGACAUGAGAACUAAAAUUUGUGAGGAGUCUGCUUCAGAUGAAGUUGAUGAUAUUAUACCAACUCAAACAGAGAAGGCUGACGGUCAGUGUCGCGAUGAUUUGUCUGUUGAGACACAUGAGAGCAAAAGAUCUGAAGAUAAUGUUGAUGUUUUAAAUGGUGAAUUAAAUAGACCUCUAUCCAGCACAAUUGCUGGAACAUCUAAAGAGGUGGCAGAUCUGGAGUUAGUUACUGAGGAGAACACAGGAAGGAUAAAUGAUGGCUCAGUAGAUUCAGGUCAGGUGGCAGAAAAGUCCGAUGAUAUGGCAAUCCGGGAUCUUACUGUUGAAGGACAAGAGCGAAAGGGAACUGAUGCUGCCAGAGAUACUUCAACAUCAAAAAAUGAGGUGAAAUCACAAUCUUCGGUCGUAGAAAAUAUAGAAAAGACGUAUAACAAGUCAGUAGGGUCAGGUGAGGUAACAGCUGCUGAACCUCUGAUAGAAAAGGCUGAGAACACGCAUGUCCUAGACCUUGCCAUUGAAGUACAGGGGAACAAAGGAUUUGAUGCCACUAAAGAUGUUUCAAAAUCAAAUUCUGAACUAAAUGAACCUCAACCUGGUGGAACAUCUCAAAUUGGGAUAGGGUUGCAGUUGAUUGCGGAUAAAAACUCAGAGACAAUGAAUAAGGUGGAUAUUUUACCUGAUGCUACAGCUGUUAAGCCCCAACCAAGUAUCUCUGAGAAUUUGAGCACUGGAGAUCCUGCACAUCAAGGACCAAAGAACCAACGAUCUGAUGCAACUGAAGACGUUUCAACUUUAAGUGUUGAACUUAAUGAAUCUCAACUGAAAGCAGCAGGUGGAACUUCUGAAGUAGCGGCGGAGUCUGAUUUGGUUUCCAAACAAAACAUGGAAAUUCAUGUGGAGGUUGCUACAGCGGAUGUUACAGUGGAGAACGCUGCAGUAGGGAAGUCUGAAAAUUUUCCGUCGAUAGAUAUUGCUGUUGAAGGACAAGGGAAGAAAGAAUCUGAUGUAACAGGUGGAAUUUCCAAUUCUGAACUCAGUGAACCAAAAACCAGUCAAUCCGCAAUUGAAGUGGAAACACAUUUAACAUGUGAGGAGUCGGGAAUGAAUGACAAGGAGGUAGCUUCACUUGAAGUUGAAGUAGUUGAAACUUCGUUCAGGGAUUUGCCUUGUUGUUCUGGCAGAGACUUGGCAGUUGAAGGACAAGAAAAAGAGGAGUCUGCUGCAAGUAAAAGUGUUUCUGACCCCGAGAAUGAAGAGCCUAAAUGUAGUCCAGGUGCUAAAGCAGAAUCACAAUUGCUUGCUGAAAGGGACUCUGAGACAGUUCUGACGAAGGACGUAAUUUCAGAUGUUUUUCCUGCUUCAGGCAAAGAAGAGAACUGCAGUAGCAAGCAGGCUGGAGAUGAAGAUGUGCCAACUGGAGCAGAGUGUGGUGAUCAAGCAUUGUCGUCUGCUACAGGGGCUGGUGAUGAUAAAACUGUGGACCACUGCAAUCAUUGAUGCUUGAUCUGGCAUUUCUCCUGUAUUUCAGGCAAGCAGUAGAAGGUGGAAUCAUGCAUCUUAUUUAUCAUGCAUCUUAUUUAAAAUGCAAUUGUGAAGAGUUUACAUUUUGACGAUCUUGGGAGGGUAGGGACUUGUAUAACUAGCAAUAGUUCCCGAAGGAUCUUAAGUUCUUCAUCCGGAUCUCCCAGCGUAAGUUGUGCACUAAUCUUUGUUGUCAACAAGAAGCUAAGUGUCUUUUCACCGUAUCAGAUGGUGGAUGAGCAGGAUUAGCGUGGCCUUAGCAUUAUGAAAAUCUGCAUCUUCAAAGCAGAUGGUUCAGGCAAUACUCUAGAUUUAUAUAGUAAGGAAACCGGUUGGGACACCUAAUUUGCUGUAAAUUAUAAUGUAGUUAUUAGCUCAUUCUCUCCCUCCCUCUUUACCUGGGUUGUAUGCACUAUAACCUUGUCUGAAAUCUCUGCAGCUGUAUCAAUAUUAUUUCCGCUCU